UCUUCUGAUCAAUGCGGCGAAUGAAACAGAAAUGCAUAUCCUGAUAUUUUGAGACACAUGUUUCAUCGAAUAAAAAUUUCUCAAAUUGCUUUUAUUGCUACACGGGAUGCAUUCAUAUAAGCUUGCUUGAAACAGAAGAUACCCCGGAUUGUACCCUCUUUGAUAGAUUCUUCUCCAUUAUCAUCCAAUCAAGAUGCAAUUUCUCAAUCUCUUGAGUGUGAUUGCAUUAUACACCUCUUUCAACCUCGUAAAUGGUUCACCGCUCGCCAAUCCGAUCGGAUCGAUCAUCAAUGGUGGAACACCAUUAGUGCCGAAUUUAGCACCUGCUCUUUCCAAUAACACAUUUGAUUACGUCGUCCUUGGUGCAGGCACAGCAGGUUUAACAUUAGCAGCCAGAUUGAGUCAAGAUGGUAAAUCAUCCGUCUUGGUGAUUGAAGCAGGUGGUGAUAUCGAUUACAACGCUGUACCAAAAGAAUUCUCCCAAACGCCUGGCGGUGAUGUCGUUGGUUGUGGAUCAGCUGACUCCGAUUUUAUCCAGAAUGACAUCGAUUGGGGCUAUAAAACCGUUCCACAAGCAGGUGCAAAUAAUCGAAGAAUUCGUUAUGCAAGAGGAAAAGUUUCAGGUGGUAGUUCGACAAGAAAUUUUAUGUUGUACCAAAGACCAACCAUUGGCACGAUGGAUAAAUGGGUUGACCUUACCGGAGAUCAAAGUUGGAGUUUCAAAAAUACCAUCAACUUUUUCAAACGUAGUAUGACCUUCACUCCCCCCAAUCAUGCCUUGCGUCAAGAAUCGCCUGCAGCGCAAUACGAUGCUUCCAAUUGGGGUUCAUCAGCCCUAACCGCACCAUUACAAGUCACUUUCCCACAUUUACCGCAAAACUUUUCCAAAUAUAUGCAAUUAAGUGCAAAUGAAGUGGGUACUCCAACUACGCAAUCGUUUAAUGGUGGUGUGUUGAACGGUAUUCAAUACGCUCCUACCACAAUGGAUCCAAAGUUCAACCAUAGAAGUACAUCACAUGCUUUUUUGGAUGAUGCCCAAGGUCGAUCCAAUUUUCACUCAUAUUUCCAAACAUAUGCUAAACGAAUUAUAUUCACCAAAGAUGGUAAUACUCCACGUGCAUCUGCAGUAACAAUUAGUACAUUGCCUAACGGUAUUCUUGAAACAGACAUCGUAUACGCUCGCAAAGAAGUGAUUGUAAGUUCGGGAGCAUUUGGUAGUCCACAACUAUUAAUGGUUUCCGGUAUCGGUCCACAAGCACAAUUGCAAAAGUUCAACAUUACACCUGUUGUGAUCAAUGAGAAUGUCGGUAAGAAUAUGCAAGAUCAUAUCUUCUUCGGUCCUUCGUACAAAGUUGAUCCUGCUCUCAAGACAUUCACCGAAUUAGCAGCGAAUCCAGUCUUCUUGGCAACUCAACUUGUCAAUUACACUGCUGCCGCACUUGGGCCUUUGACAAACAAUGUUGCUGAUAUGUUGGCUUGGGAAAGAAUUGAUCCUGUCACAUUAGCUUCCAUUGGUGCAUCCAAGCUGCUCACAUAUCCUUCCGACUGGCCUUUUCUUGAAGCAUUCUCCGCUCCCGGUGCCGUCGGAGAUUUCUCCAAUCUACUCGCCACAAAUGCGGAAAUGGGCGCAGACGGAUCCAGGUUCAGUACAAUCUUGAUGGCUCUCGUUGCACCACAAAGUCGUGGUACAGUAACCCUUGCAUCAAAAGAUACAUCAGAUUUGCCCAUUAUCGAUCCUGCAUGGUUAACAGAUCCAGUCGAUCAAAAGGUUGCUAUUUAUGCCUUCAAACGUGCUCGUCAAUACUUUGCCGCCAAGGCUAUGGCUCCAAUCUUGAUCGGAAAUGCAAAGACUGCUGAAACUUUGCCAGGUUCAGAUGUUCAAACUGAUGAUCAAAUUCUAAACUGGAUCCGAAACAAUUUGAUGACCGUUUGGCAUGCUUCAUGCACAUGUUCUAUGCAAAAGAAAGAGCUAGGUGGUGUUUUGGACAACAAACUGCAAGUGUAUGGUGUCAAUGGUUUGCGUGUUGUAGACGCAUCUUCCUUCCCUGUGCUUCCACCUGGUCAUCCUCAAUCAACCAUCUAUAUGUUGGCUGAGCGUGCUGCUGAUCUCAUUCUAGCAGCACGCGGUUGAGACGCUCGAUGCUAGCAGUACUUGUUCCAUGUAAUUGAUCCUU